UUACCCAAAUGAAUCCUGACCAAAACAAAAAUUUGUUUAAACAAAAUUUUCCAAAUAAAAUUAUUGACAGCCGCCGCCAGACAUGCUCUUUCUUCACAUUUCUCUCCCUUCCCUCUUUUUAUUCUAGUGUAUUUAAUAACGUAAAACUGUCAGUCAGCGCCAUUGAUUUAGUUAAAGCUUAUUAAAUAUUUAUUACUUUUAGUUUAUUUUAUGUCUAUUUUACGAUAAUUUCUCCAUAAGAUAAGCAUUUAUUAACUAGUUUUUAUAUAAGAAUUUUAUUUUAUAUUUUAUUUAUGAAUUUAUUUCCUUGUUUUUUAUAGCUUCUGUCAGGCUUUUAAAUAUUUAAUGUGUACUCCAAAUUAGACGUCUAUGUAUCUCUACAGAAUAGGAACCUAUCCGAUCAUGUUAUACAUAUUUCUACUAGUGUAUCGGUUGACUAGAAAGAAGGAGAUCAAGCUAGCCCUACUAGAAAGGGAUUAAAGAGUAACCCUAAGUAGACGUUCCUUUCUUCUACAAGGACAGGAAUAUGUAUUUCUACUAGUGUAUCGGCUGUCUAGAAGGAAGGAAGAUCAAGCUAGCCCUACUAGACAGGGAUUAAAGAAGAAAAUUAUGGAAGAAACGAAACUGAUAGCUCAGUCGCUAUAUCACCUAUACGCAGUGAGCGGAAGCUUCCAGUUUCAGACUAACUUCCACUAACUCUCAGUUUCAGAAUCCUUUCAAAAAUAUUAUUUUUUUUCAAAAUAUUCUCAAAAUAAAAACAAUUCCCUACAAAAUAAAAAUAGAAAAUUUGCCUUGUAAAAAGAUUUAAAUAAUUUUUUUUGUUAUGCCUGAGAUAAACACUAACUACAAAAUUUGUAUUCAAGCUACAUUUUUUGUGCUUUUGAAUUAUUAAACUAAAAAUAUUUUUAUAAACUAUAACUAUAUAUGAUUUUUUUUAUUUUUUUUUAAUUAAAUUUCCAACUCCUUUAAAUUCUUUUAAAAUUCUCAAAAAUUUCUUUUUUCAGCGCUAAUUAAAAAAUUAAAUUUUUUAACUCCCUUACAAAUUAAUUACUUUUAAUACUUAAAAAUUAAAAAUAAAAUAAAAUGCAUUCACAUAUGAGCCGUGUUUCUUCUAAACAAGAGCGUAUGAUGUUAACUGAACAUGAAAGUUCACCAACGGGAGGAAUAUUAGAGCAGGUUAAAAUACAUAGAAAUAAAUGAAACCUUAAUUAGGGAAAUUAUGCCUAAUUGGAAUUUAUUACAAAGCUUAGCUGUAAUAUAGUGACUCUGGAGGAGUGGCAAACUCGAUAGUUUGGCUCUUAAGGGUUGGGAGAGUUAAAUAAAAGAUUUGUUCUAUUUAAGAGUUGUGAGUCCUAGAGGCUCUGAGAGAGGGUAAGUGGCUCGGUCAACCUCUUGGUUAAGCACUAGGCUGAUUGAAUCCACAAGGACCUAAUUGACGACUCCACACCUGAUUGACGACUAACUCCCAAAUUAUUUGGCAAACUCGAUAUUUUGGCUUAGAGGGGUGGGAUAGUUAAAUAGGAGAUCUGGGGCCAACGCAAAUUAAGGAGACAAUCGACAAACGACAGAUAUAUUUUUCACGUUUAUCGUUCGGAUACGUCGUUUGUCGAAUACCUCGAACGCAAAUUAAUAUCUUUAUCGUUUGUCGUUUAUCGUCUCUAUUAUAUCGAUUGUCGUCGAGAUUUGUCGUUUAUCGUUCGAAAUUAGUCGUUUGUCGUUUGAAACGAUAAUUUAUUAUGGUAACAAGUGAAAAACUACGGUAGUUGAACGACAAAUUUAGUGGAUGCUCAAUCCCGUCCCCCAAAUUUAUCGUUUGAAAUUUUAAAAAUUUUUAAAAAAUCCAAACUCAACCUAAAAAUUCCAACUAAAAUAUUUUUAGAUAGAAGAGAAUGUGCUCUAUCUUUUGAUAUAAGUUUCAGAAAUUUUUCUUUAAAAAUAAAUUUACUAGAGGCUCUCGCGUAAGGUACAUCUAUUUUUGAGAGAAAUAGGGACUCAUCCUCUCAAAUAGGACUUUAAUUUCUGAUUAAGCGUCUUAUAAAUUUUAUAUCUAUUAGGAAAGAAAAGCUAAAAUUCUGAUUUUUACUUAUAUUAUGUAAAACAAUCUCCUCUAUCUAAUGGUAUAAAAAUUGGAGGGAUUAAGUGGAUAUCUGUGGAUUAAAAGGGAUAUUGGUGGAUUUGGAGGGAUAUCGACUGCGAAUCUUAGAUUUUUUGGCACCAUUCGAUAGAAGAUCCCAGACUUCCUAUUGCAAAGUGAUGUUCGUUUUCUUGCAAAACGACUUUGGGCCAAGUUAUGGCCAGUUAAAGUUUCAGUCCUCGGGUGUGUUUGAGUACAAGGAAAAGAGGGAAAAGGAGUGAGAUAUCUAGUUUUUUCACUCACUCUGUUUGCUUUACAUUUUCUUACAAAGUUGAGAAAAGAAUACUUGAGGCACGAGAGAUUAAAAAGAAUAGAGAAGAA